AUGCCUCUUGCCAGAAUUGAACUAGCGACCUUUGCAUUACAAGUGCAACGCUCUACCACUAAGCUAAAGAGGCAGAUAACAACGACAAAAAUUAUUUUUGAGCCACCAGAUGGGAUAAUGACAGAUGUCACACCCUCUUGUAUAUGGAAUUUUGAACGGGAAUUAAAUCCCAUUGUAAAAACAAGUUUGGAUCUAAUACUUGACCAGAUAGAAUUAACUUGGGCGGCAAUCAAGAAUCAUUUUUACCGAAGGGUUUGUUUCUAA